UGUUAUGUUAGACCCAUUAUUUGGCCAUUUCUGACCUAUUUAGUUUAGCCUUAGCAUAUGAUAUUGUUGACUACAGUCAAAGUUUGAAGUAUGUAUAAUUAAAUGCUUUAAGGUUUUCUUAAAGAAAGUCUUAAAAUGUAAGAAUAUAAUUUUUUAAAAUUAAUUUUUAUUAGGCCAAUCUCAGUACUGUUCUAUACAAAAUUAAUUAAUUAAAAUAAAUAAUUAUUAUUGAUUGGUGAAUGUUACCACUGUUCAAAUGAUCACUCUGACUCUGAUCAGAUUCAGGUUCAGAUGCUAAGAAAACUAAAAUAGCAAAAAAUAUACCUUCAGAACCCAGCCCAAGGCUAACCAAGUCAAUGCAAAUCAAACAGAUUUAAUGAUGAUAAUGAUAAGAAGUUAAAUAAUAAGGUGACGUUAAUCAGGCUUCAGUAAACUCAAUUCACUAAUUUUAAUAAUUAGAUACAAAUAAAAUAGUAAUUUAACAACUAUUAAUAACUUAAAUUAACAAGCUGAUUCAUGCAGGCCAGAGCACCCCAUGGGCUUUAGUCUCAUAGAGAAUGAUAGAUAGAUGUGCCUGCUACUGAGUGAACAUUUCUUUUACUAAUCCACAUCCUCUUGUCUUUUAAAAUCUUAAUGUUUAUUUGAAUGCUUUAUGAUUAAUUUUAUUAUCCUCCCAACUAACACACCAAUUGUAAAUACCUGUAAUGAUAUAAAUAUAUUUAUAAAUAUUGCCUAUGUAAAUUAUUUUUAUAUAUUUUCAGCCUAGUUUAUUCAUUUAAGCUAUGCAGAAUGGGUCAGCUGAGUUCACGUCAAGAAAUUAUACAUAUGGAAGUAGGUGAUCCACUUAUGAGGAAUUGGCUAUGUGCCAACAUGGCAAUAAGAGAUGCUUCAAAGCACCUGGCUAUGUGUGUUCACUUCCAUAUAUCACAGAUGUAUAAAAAGAUGCGCAGAACAAUCGGUGCAUCAGUUCCUUGUAGUCAAAAUUGCAGCAAGCUUCAUGACGGAAGAAUGAAUUUCUGGUGCACCACCUGUGAAAGGUUACGUAAUUAACUACCUUUAACUACCUUAUAAUUUUUUUAAAAACUGGUUUUAAGAAAUGUGUGUUUCAUUCCAGCCUCAGUUUUGACACGUGAACAGGCAGUUAGGUUGUUUUCUAUUCAAAUUGAUGCACAUUGCACAGUAACUGUUCCUCCUAAACCUAAUGUCCUCAUAAACCCUUAUGUGGGAUGUCUUGCCCUAGAGUUGUGCCUCUUGGGAGGCAGCACUGGCUGGAUUAUGAACAAGGUGCUUUUGAUAUACCUGUAGUUAGUGUAGGUGGGGAGAGAAUGGCAAAAGAAAGCAAUUUUUUAUAUUGGUAAUUUAUUAUUUUUAAUCCCUUCAUUAGCGUAAAACAUUUUUCAUUAUUUCUAUAAUAAAUGUACAUGAUAUAAUGUUGAGAAAGGAUCCAAUGGAUACUUUCAUGUUUAGUAAUGCCCCCAAUCUAAUCUUGAGUAGGCAAUGGCUAUUGUAAAAAACACUGGCAACUUUAUUUUUUUAUAAUCAAUUUUACAUAUUGAAUAAAAAUAUUAUAAUUCAAAAUCUUUUCCUUUAUGAUAACAACAGGUGGAGAAAAGAGAUCCUUGCUGUAUGUGACAGCCAAUAUAAGCUUAAGAUAUGCUGGUCUCGUCUUAAUUCUUCUCAGUGGCCAACCAAUCCGUAUGAAGUGGCCAGAGUCUUCAUACCACGCGCUCACAGACUCUAUUACAAGUCUGCAGAAUUUCAUGAAGAUUUCCGCUUUACAUUAAGCUUCAUAGAAAACUAUAAUGAAAUAUUCAUCCCAAGGACACUUUGUGAGAAGGCAUGGCAGUGCCGUGGUCGAAUUAAAAGGAAAAACCUCCGGAUGCGCCUAAAUGACCAUGACUUACAAACAACUAUUUCAGUGCUAGUGCAUUUGUUAUCAAUCCUUGACUUUGAAGACACAGAGCCUGUCAUACAAAAUUUGGAAGCAUUACUCAAUUCUCCAGACGAAAGGCAAGGCUGCACAAUUAUGUGAGAUUUUAAAAAAAUAAUUUUCAUUAGAAACUAAGAAAUAUAUGUCUUAAAAGAGUUAUUCUUCAGCAAAAUAAAUUGUACAUUAUGAAGUGAAUUGACUGAAAUCCAAAACUGACACAAAGAUCUACCAAAAUUUUCAUCAAGUUAAAUACUUAAAUCCACAUUUUUAAAUAAUAAAAUUAGAAAUAAAAUCUCAUUUCGUAUCCACAACACUACAAGUAUGGGUUGAGGGAAAUUGAAAUGGGGGCCUGUUACUUGUUUUUUUUUCACAUUUCUUUGCAUUAUUGGUAACAGUAAUUUGUUUUAUGUUUUGAUUGUUUUUUUAUCAUGUGAAAAGAUAAACCCUCAGUAUUCCAUUUUUAUAUUUCAAAUUGUUUCAAAGAGUACUUUCAUAGAAACUGAGCACAUAGACUAUGGUGGCAAACCAGAAAACAAACUGAAAUUAAAAGCUUCCAUAUUUUUAAAGUAUAUCGCUAUAUCUAAUAAAGAAAGAAUGAAAUGUGAAUAAUAAAAACAUUGCAUAUGUACUAUUCUAGACUUUGAGUUUAUCUCAUCUCUACAUUUAAAGGAAGUUUCCAAAAGGUAAUUUAUUAUGCGGCAAGGAAUAAUUUUGGUAUUAAAAAAAACUGUCUGGUAAUAUUUUAAUAGCAAUAAGAUGCCUAUUCUCUCAAAGUUUGUCCAACAUUUUGAUAUCGACUUUAAAAGUUAAAUCAAUUUGUUGAAAGAUUAAAAAUUAUUUUGCAAUGCAUC